AUGGGUAUACAAGGACUCCUCCCGUUGCUCAAGUCUAUCCAUAUCAAUACAAACAUAACCCAAUUUUCAGGAAAAACCCUAGCAGUUGAUGGUUAUGUGUGGCUUCAUCGAGGAGCAUAUGCUUGUGCUAUUCAGCUAGUGAAAGGGCAAUACACGACCAAAUAUGUUGAUUAUGCGAUGCAUCGAGUGCGGAUGCUGCGCCACCAUGGUAUUACUCCUUACAUUGUGUUUGAUGGUGGUCCAUUGCCUGCCAAGCGAGGUACUGAGAAAGAUCGCGAAGAGAAGCGUUCCAAGAGUCUUGCUCAGGCUCAGCUGUUAGAGGCACAAGGCAAGGGAAACGAGGCCUACGAGUACUACAAAAAAUGUGUCGAUAUUACACCCCAGAUGGCCUACCAGCUUAUCAAGGCUCUACGUGCUGAAGGGGUAUCGUAUGUUGUUGCACCGUACGAGGCUGACGCUCAAAUGGCUUACUUGGAGCGAGAAGGGAUUGUGGAUGGCAUAAUUACCGAAGACUCGGAUUUGGUCGUUUUCGGCUGUAGAAAUCUGUUGUUCAAGCUCGGGCAAGAUGGCUCUUGCGUGAACGUUCGACGAGAGGACCUUGCGGCAGUCACCAGUCUGAACUUGGUAGGAUGGAGUGAUAAGGAACUAAGAUGGAUGGCGAUGCUAUCCGGAUGCGACUACAUUGAUUCUCUUCCAGGACUUGGACUGAAAACAGCCUACAAACUUUUACGAAAAUGGAAGACAGCAGAAAAGGCAAGUAACAUGACGCAGCGACGACGAAUCAGACAUGAAUUUGGAGAUAGAAUCGCUGAACUGGCUUUUCUUCACCAACGGGUUUACGAUCCCGCUUCUCAAAGGCUAACUCACCUGGGGUCACCUCCUGCCGACGAAGGAUGGGAUGAAAGCAAAGACGCGUUCGUAGGAGAAGAUUUACCUCCCGAUGUUGCCAAAAAGAUUGCUGAGGGGGAUUUCUGCCCUAUAUUGCGAGAUACAAUGAUAGAUAUGAUGCCGGCGUUCCAACCAAAACCUCGGAAAGGCAAGACAAUAUCGACAGAAGUGCCAAGUAAUGCGAGUAUCAAAGAUUCUCAGAAAUCUAUCUCAAGUUUCUUUGGGGCUGCAACAAUAUCUUCACAUCGCAAGAAACAUACACCACUUCCCAAAUUCGUUAGUGUAAAAGGAAGUGGAAGAUCUUCACUUUCUGCGCAACUUGUAGACAAAACUCCGCCGGAGGAGGAUUGGGAGGUUAUGGAGAUUGAAGGUCCUACACGACCGAACGCAUGCUCUAACACAACCAGUCGUUUCUUUGGCGAUCAAUCUACACCCCCAAAAUCUCGUACCCUUUCCGGGGAAGCUGAAGAACGAAAGCGGAAACGAGCAGAUUCGUUCGAAGAAAUAACGACUCCGCGCGCAGCUCGAACCUUGAUAAGAAGAUGGAGUGGAAACUUGGUGGAUCUAACCAUGGACGAAGAAAAUAGUGAACCUGACGCGGGGGGCUCUAUUGUCUCGCGUAGUGCCAGUCCAGACACCUUCUCAUUGCUCCAGGAUCUCUCAUCCCCGGUUCAACCUGAUCGAACUUCAAGGUCAAAGAGUCCAGAAUCAAUAUCAGGAGAUUUAUCGAGCCCCGAAUCAACACGAAAACGGGUUUCUCACCCUCGAUUGCAGCCCCACCUGUCUAUAGGAUCCACCGAGCCGGGAAGCCCGGACCAGGAUCUACCGAUACCAACCCCAAUGCUUACAUACAAGUUGGGCACUUCCCUUCAAGGUGGCUCUUCUAAGCAUGCGCUCCCACCAAAUACAACUAGACAGAAAUCGGUAUUGGUGGAUCUACGGGAAGUGUUUUCUCAGGAAAGCGUCAGCGAAAUCAGUGCAUCAGAGGAAGGCCCGUGGACGCCUAGUGAUCCCCUCGUUGGCCAAGUCGCUGUGAAUGAAGGAGUCCCAGAUCUGGAUGAUACGGAGUACCUCUCGGAUGACGAGAAACACGAAGCAGAGGCUGCUGAGCGGCGGUCUCGUGUAGCUCGGGGCUGGGAGGCGAAGUAUGGAUUUAAAGUAGUCAAAGGACGCAAGUCCUUGCCUUAUCUAUCUCCCGCUCAAUCUACAGCACCCCCAUCACCUCCCCAACUAUUGGGCCCACGACCCACUCAUGUAUUUCAGCCCCUUGGAAUGCCCAAAAGUCGACCCAAGGCGAGAGGUCGCAAGUCAGAGCCAGCGUUGAGGACCGAGAUUGUGAUUGAUGACGACGAUGAAGACUUUCUCCUGGGUUCCAAGGUAAUAGACAAUAAUGAUAUCAUCAUCUCCAGUCCAGAACGGACCGCAGAACGGUUCAACCGUUUCAAGUGCCCAACAUAA